AUGAAGAAGUCCUUGUUGAGUUGUUUGUGUUCCUUAUUUGGGUUGUUAGCCGCCGGAUUCAUAGAAGAUAAUAAUCCAAACGCAAAUAUAAGCAACUGGCUUGCUGCAAAUAGUAAUGAGUUAACGAGGAACCUGUUUUUUGAACUUCAAAAAUAUUAUCCAGGAAAAUCUCUCGCUGUAACAUCCGUGCCCAUUUUCAACAUUUUGGGGCAGCUUGCUUUAUAUUCCAAAGGAGAGACUUUUGAAACUAUCACAGAUAUAGUGGGAUUGAAGAAUAGUACUGAUGUGAAGAGGAGUUUCAAAAUAGGAAACGAAAGGACAUUUGACAGUGAUCUUCCACUCAAGUAUACAUCGAAAAUAUACGCUGAUGACGAAGACCAAUUUUGUCCGGCUUUCAAGAAAACCUAUUCGCAAUACUUUAAAGGGAAAACAGGAAAUGUAGACUUCGAUAGACCACAGAAAGCGGCCAAAGAAAUAAAUGAGUGGGUUGAAGAAGAAUUCGACGAAUAUGGAACCACAGAUUUAGUUGAUCCAAGCAUAUUCAAGGGUGGCGAUGGCUUCAUUGUAGUUGGCUCACUAGAUUUAGAGCUUGACUACAAUACUGGGUUCAAUCCAACGAAAGUGAAAACAAUUGAUUUCUAUUUGAACGCUAAGAAAAAGGUAAAGACACCUGCUUUGGUUGGAAAGGCAAUCGUAAAGUAUGCCAAAGUUCCGGAAUAUGAUGCACAGUUCAUCAGCAUAUCCCUCAAGGGAGGCGACUUGACACUAUUCAUAAUUCUCCCUGAUGAGAUCAAUGGAUUAUCUAAGCUCAUACAGAAGUUCAGAAGUUCGAAUGCCGAAGUUUUCACACAGAUCAGUCCAUUCCAAGAAUAUAAAUGCGUGGAGCUACAUCUGCCCCUUGGAGAGAUAUUAACUCAACUGGACAUUACGAAGGCUCUCAAAGCGAUACAAAACUUGGACAUAUUGUUUGAUAAAAAACGUGCCCAGCUCUGUGGUGUGACCAAGAACUGUGAGCCCGGUGUAAUCAAAAGUUUCUUGACCGAUACCUAUCUUGUUGAUAAAAUAAUUAAAGAAAAUAGUUUCGAUGAAGUGAAGAAACCCAAUAAGGCAGAAGAAGUUUGUUCAGACAAACUGAUAGCUGUUGAGAUUAAUCGUCCAUUCGCCUUUUCCAUAAUCAACAACGUCCUGGAUGCCACUCCGAAAGCAUUGCUUAUGGCUGGUGUUUACUAUGGCUGA